AUGGGAGUGGGCCAGAUCUUGUUAUCCACAACGACCCCGUUGUUGAAGAUCUGGCCCGCCGCCCGGAUGGUGGUGAAAUGCGCAUGCGACUUGAUUCUGAUCUUGGAACGGGCCCUUCGACUUCAUGGCCCGGAUACCACAGCCGAUGAAAUCGAGAGGGCCCAAGACGAGUACGCCUCCGGUCAUGGUACCGACCAGCAGUCGCAGAACCAUGCAGCAGUGGUAGCCAGAAUCCCACCGCGAGACUGGGUGCAUCUGGCAAUCAACGAAACAUUCCCCCUGCAAAAGAAGUUCUUUCGGAAACUGGGCAUCACAAAAGCAGAGAGCCUAAUUGCGAACAUUAUCCGAAAUCAUCGAAUCGGGGCUCCGAGACGACAAGGUCACAGUCGGAAGGCGUCGUCCGCCCCCCCACAAGCCACGCUGUUACCUUGGCAGGGUGUCACCCCGAGCUCGGAGGAUUUAGAGGUAAUUCAAGACGAGCUUUUUCAACCUGACCAGUCGUCUCCGGAAGAUUGCCAGGACGAGUUUGAUGCAAUGUCGCAAGCUCUGGAUGCAAUGCGUCAAGACCCGACUAGUGACGAGGAUGGUACGGAUGGGGACUUGGAUAAAGAACCAGCUACUCCGCCAUCCGGCCUUGAGGAUGAAGACAGUGAUACUAACACCAUCCCCGACUCUCUCGCUGCCGAUUCUGAAGUGAGUAGAGUGCCUUCUGAGGACGCGGACUCAUGGUCUGGUGGGGUGUCAGCAGAGUCUUUGCAAGCAAGUAACCUCACCCCCGAUGAUGACCAGGGUCUAGAGGUCGAAGACGAUUCCGGAUGGGCGGACGGACUGUUUUCGGGUUUUGGUUAAUCUCCAUCUGGGCUUCUUCUGCUUUUCCUUUCGGUAGUGAAGCUCAUUAUGUGGAAGGUUUGAUGGGACGAGGAAGAAAGUAAGAGGCUGAUUCUUCGUGUUCCGAAACAGAAGGCGCAGCCCAGAG